CUACGUUUUCUCGGUCGUGCAAAACAGGAGAAACGUACGAGCUUUCAAAUCGUCACCGCCCCCCACCGCUUUUUGCCUCCUUUGCUCUCUAGUUUUUCUGGUUUCUCUCUCUAGAGAGCUUGAUUUGAAUUUAUCAAUGGCGUUCAGGAGAAACCUAGCUUACCGCUUGUUCAACAUUUCGACCAAAUCAACCACAACCCUACUGGAUUGCCGCAUUUCGCUGGCAUCGUCUGUUGGACGCCGGAGUCCGGCCAAAGUCGAUCCGGAUCCAGGAGAUGACGGGGUGCUCCGUCGGUUUCUGCAGUGGCGACCGAUUUACCAGUCGGCUUCGGCGGAGGCGCGCUGGACGCUGUCUAGGGGAGAGAAGCUGUUGCAGAAAUUGAGAGGCAUGGACAUUUCCAGAGAUCGGAUUCGGUUGGACGGAUUGAUUCCGCCUCCGGUGAGUCCGCCGGAGGAUAAGUUGACGGUGCUGGAUGCGAGGAAGCUCCUGAGGAUUUCGCAACUGGAAAUGGUGAAGUCUAAGCUCUCGCAGAUCAAGGAGGACCACAUAUCGUACGCAGAUUUCGUCCAGAUCUGCUCUGAAGGUUGCCCCAAUCCUGCGCAGGGGUUGGAGUUCGCGAAGAUUCUGGAUGAGUCCGGCACCGUUAUCGUCUUGGGAGAUGUUGUGCUCCUCAGGCCUGACCAGGUUGUGAAAGCCAUUCAGAGCGUGAUUCCUGUACCAAAAGCCCGGCCGGAAGACCCGCGGUGGAAGGAGCUGGAAGAAAUGGAGGAGCAAAAGGCGGCCAUCGACGGCAAGGCAGAGUCUCUGGUUCGCCUGGAACUGUGGGGAGGGCUGGGCUACCUCGUCGUCCAGACAGCGGCGUUCAUGAGGCUCACCUUCUGGGAACUGUCUUGGGAUGUUAUGGAACCCAUUUGCUUUUACGUAACCUCCAUCUACUGCAUGGCUGGCUACGCUUUCUUCCUCAGAACAUCCAAAGAGCCAUCGUUUGAAGGCUUCUUUCAAAGCCGAUUUAACGCGAAGCAGACGAGGUUGAUGAAGAGGCAGAAUUUUGAUGUUGCAAGGUACAACGAGCUCCGGAGAGCUUGUUAUCCGCCUGGUCAAGCUGCUUCUUCAAGUUCUACCCCAACCCCCCCCAUUGUUUCAAACCAAUGAAAAGACACAAGACUGGUGCAUUAGUUUAAGAAAUUAAGACUAAGAAAAAAAAAAUCAUAAAACGUAGAUAGAAGCAAACAAUUUUGUUUUGGGUUCGUUUUUUACUCCUUUUCGAUUUUAAUUUUAUGUAUAACACCUGGCUUAGGAUUUAGUGCCUAGUGCGGCUGCCUGUAACUGUAAGCAUCAUCGAAGACGGUUUGCUUAACUACAA